AUGCAGCCAGGCCCCCGGAACAUCAAACGAGGCCACUCCGGAUGUCGACCGUGCCGGAGGAGAGGCAAAAAGUGUGACGAGGCCAAGCCUGAUUGCCGAGCCUGCGUACGCCUGAGACUGGAGUGCAGCUAUGGCAUCGUCUAUUCGUUCCGCAAUAUCGACACCCAGUCCUUUCAGGGCAAUCUAGAUCGUACGAGGGCCUUGGCAUCCUGGAGUCCAUCCAUAUAUUCCCAAGCACACACCGGAAUCAACAGAGAUGCCCGCUACUUGAAUCAUUUCAUCUCGCACGUCAGCCAUCUCCUCCCAACCAAUGGGUCGGGAUCCCAGUUUACCCAGGAGACCCUCAAGGUGCCCUAUCUACGCUCCGCUGCCCUCUGCAUCUCAGCAUCCAGCCUCUCAAUGCUCAACGCCCAGGUCCAGACUCGCUCCUUACCAAGCGACCCGCGAAGAUCGGUCUGGAGUCCACUUGCCAAUCAUGCGCAUAGCGUCCAGGCUCAAAUAUACCACGACGAAGUUCUCGCGCAAUAUGGCGGCACGGCAUCUCUCGGUAUCCCCUCUGAGGCUCCCGGAAUUCUCAUUGCGCUCACGAUCCUGGCGUAUUAUCACCACGCCUCGACAAAUCACCUCCAGUUCCGCCUUGCGGUCUGGGAGACCGUCCGAUUCGUCUCGAGACACAGAGAAAGCCUCACGCGAUCACCAAGUGGAGCCCAGGCGCUGCAAAUGUGGUACCGUCUCUGCGUAUCCCAUCGUCUGGGCAAACCACCUGCACUGCUACUCGAUGGUGAAGGGAUCAGUGCGCACGGGCCGAAUCUAUACCCGGAUUCGUUGGAGGCUCUCUAUCUGGGUUGUAUCAUGGGUAUGAGUUCGGAUGACCUUAUUUACGAUAUCCUCAUCAAGACAAUUGAGAUUCGGUCGAGGAUCGUUGUAUUUAAGUGUGUUGCGGGGAUUGCAGGGGUAUCUGAGGAAUCUCGGAAUAUUGGUGGUGUCGCACAUGGGCUUCUCAAUCGAUUUAUUGGCCCGGAAGAUGCACCGGAUAAAUGGAAUGAAGCCCAAGAGGGCUUUGUUCGUGGAUCCCAUCUCCAGGGCUUAUUAGAAGUCCAGCGCGAGCGAUUGGGAGUGUGGAAAUCGCGGCUCAGGGAGACUCAAUCGCCAGACAGUCCAGCCCCUUUCCCAAGGCACCGCGACGCAAUGAACGCGCUAUAUUCCGUUCUCUGUGAUAUGAUGUUCUACGAAGCUGAAUCCGACAAGAAGCCCUCCAAACACACCCAGAACGUGCUCCAGAUCCUCAGCACCCUGAACCUAUCCGACAGCGUCACAUUCGACAUCUACACAUUCAGCCUUACAGAAGUCCUACUGCAGCUCUCUGUACUUCCCAAGUCGACAGACCUCUUCAACUACAUUCUGGAUGACCUCUGGCCGCGUCUUGAAUCCAGCGGCCGCGGGUACGAGCACUCGCACUACCCAACACAUCUGGUCAAGCGGAUCAUUGGCCUGAUUGCGGGAUAUUGGGACAGAGGCAGAAAUGUCAGAUUUGUGCUUCCGGCUGUCCGAGAGGAUACGCCUAAGACGAAACUGUUAAAUGUGGAGGGAGAGCUGGGAGUCGUUGUUUGUGGGCGGAAUCUGGACGGGGCGCAUUUCGUUGAGCGGGUUGCUCUGCCCUAG